CACAUCACGGCGCAGGUACACCAAGGAUCUGUGAGCAACAUCGGUGCCCAGGUAGAUGUUAGCCGACCACUGGAUUUAAGAUGCAGCACGUUGUGUAAAAAAAUGACAAUCUUCAUUCUCUUGAUACUCUCUGUCUGGGCGCUGCCUACGGACGGGGCAGUGGCUAAGGACGAACAUGGAUGUGAGCUGGAGGGCAGGACGUACGCUGCAGGGUCCAGGUUCGCGCCCAACUCGUGCACGACCUGCGAGUGUCCCCUCCACGGGGGCGUGGCCGAGUGCGUGACGCGGGAGUGCGUGCAGGACCAGAACUGCGUGCAGUACAGCAUUCAGUCGGACGAGUGCUGCCCCACCUGCGUGGAGGUGGGCUGCCGUCAUACGGACGGGAAACUGUUUCAUCAAGGGGAGGUGAUCCGUAACGAGGCUUGUGUUCGCUGCUACUGUCCCUUUGGUGGCGGGAACCCGGUGUGUGACGUCACGUCCUGCCCGUUGUCCCAAUGUGUUGACCCCGUGAGUGUGCCUGGUGUGUGCUGCCCCAUCUGCCCUAAUGGUCCUAACUGUCAGAUUGGAAUCCUGACUCUGCCCAUUGGUCAGUCUAUUCUUGUAGAGGGAGCCACGUGUACCUGUGAAAGUUUUAUUGACGUUGACGGAAUCAAACGGACAUUAGCGAGAUGCAACAAGAGCUAAAGGCAGGAGCUUAAGACCGAGAUCAACCCACACAAUGGCUGGUAUGGGACACGGUGUUCACAUAAACACACACUGCCUGUUUACAUUGUGCCUUAAACACAAAGCAAGAUGUUCAUGUUACAUGGACUAAACCUUAAUCACCCGGUCAAACGAAUGGAAUCCACGCAUUCAUCACACGGAUAAAUAAAGAAAAUUUGUUUACAGAUACAAAGCUAGCAAGAAUUUAUAUAGCUAUCAAUGUGCCUUUGUCUAUAAUUAAUUAAUUAAUUAAUUUUUGUUGCUUUAUUCGGGUGUAUCUAUUGAUUGUUAUACUUCUUAAAUAAAACUAAGAUUAAACUAAGAAGUUUUUUCUUCACUUCACAAUGUAAAUGAAGUUUCCUUAUAUUGGCUUCAUCAAAAAUGAUAAAAUUGCAUUUUAUCUUGAUUACUUGUGAACGAGUGAACCUGUUUUUCAGACCGCGAUGUAACACGGUCUCUGAGCCAACUCAGCACCAGUGGGUAUCUGGC